UCUAAAAUGUAUAUUUCGAGGGGUUAUAAACGAAAUGACAAACUUAAUAAGCCCUUCACGCUAUGGUGGAGGAUAUAAAAAAUAUGUAAAAAUCACUAUGCCAUUACUGAAAUCUCGAAUUUCCAAACUUCAUGCGUUGCACUUUAUACAAUACUGUGAUUAUGGGAUGCCCAAACACCUGGUAUAAAAGAUGCAGCCCUCCCUUUACCAAACCGAAUACAUAUUCUCUUUUGAAAUAUUAAGAGCAGAUAACGUAUGCGCUAAAUGUACGCUCAUACAAGGAUAGAGACAAGAAUUGGCAAAGCUUUUAUUUUAAAGUUUAACGCCACCAGCGGAAAGAAAUAAAGUUGAUUCAGUCAGCACUCGUCCAGGCAGAAAUCAAGUCCAGUUUGCUGCAAGCGCACCCAUUAAGUUAAAAAAAAGAAGUAGAUACCUAUCUAGUUCCAAGAAGAACAUACAGUUUCAUUGUAAAUUCAAAGUAUUUUUUCCCGGAUACAAGGAAUAUAAUGGCCGCUUUACCUUUUCUACUGAACUUGGAUCCCCAUCCAUUUUACAAUCCUGACAUGUUCCCAAAUAGUGUUUAUCGCAGGCAUCAUGCUCGUCAGCAUCACCCAUUGGAUAUGCAUACCAUGGGCUUAAUAUCUCGUCUGGCCCCUCAUUUUCGCCAUUUGGAAAUCUCCAAAGGAAAGGAUGAUCUUUCGCCCGUAGUCGGCGGAGGUCUCAAUCAUAAAGAUGAGGAGUUUUCUGUAUACCUUGAUGUUGGACUCUUUCGUCCGGACGAGUUGAAUGUAAAAGUGGUCAAUAAUCAUUUGAUUAUUGAAGCCAAACACGAAGAACGUGAGUCCGAUGAUUCUGGUUAUAUAUCACGUCACUUUGUGCGGCGCUAUGACCUGCCGAAGGAUUGUGACCACGAUGCCAUUGUAUCGAAACUUACUGCGGAUGGUGUAUUGAGUGUCACAUUGCCCAAAAUUAAGGACGGGGUCAAGGAACGAGUUAUACCCAUACAGCAAACUGGACCACAUGACCUAUUUUUGAAAAAUAAAUCAAAUGAUGAGGAAAAGGAUAAAACAGACCAAUAAAUGGCUCAAACCCAACAGUUUAGCAAAGAUAUUGAAGAUUUUUAGUAAUGAUAUCAACUCACUAAUAUUUUAAUCUAAUUGAAUAUAUAUUUAUCAUAUAAUGAUUAAAUAAAUCUUAUUAAUAACAAUACCAUUUAUAUACGAUCUAAAAUUAAAUACUUUUCAAUGAUACUUUUGUCAGAUGUUUAUCCACUCUUGCAAAACCAGCGCUCCAUUGAUGUAUUCACUUGACUUUGUAAUAAAAAGUAUAAUGGAAUAUUAAAUGUGUAUCUUUUUCAAUAAAUAAAAAAUACAUUUAUUCAUAAAUUAAUUCAUUAAUU